GGUCUUUAAAUACAAUGGGUGAUAUGAUUGGAUAAGAUUAAUAGUAGGAAUUGCCCACACACCGGUGUCUCAUGAGUUGCGCAAAACGCCAUUUUGGAGUGACUGAAAGAGACGAAAGAUCGAGAAGCCGUGUUCUAAGUUACCAUGGGGAAUAUGUUUGGAAGCCUGUUCAAGGGCCUAUUUGGCAAGAAGGAGAUGAGGAUUCUCAUGGUUGGACUCGAUGCGGCUGGAAAAACAACCAUCCUGUACAAACUCAAACUAGGAGAGAUUGUCACCACCAUUCCUACAAUUGGUUUUAAUGUUGAAACGGUAGAAUACAAGAACAUCAGCUUCACAGUGUGGGACGUUGGCGGUCAAGACAAAAUCAGGCCGUUAUGGCGCCACUACUUCCAGAACACUCAAGGGCUUAUCUUUGUGGUGGACAGCAACGACAGGGAGCGAGUGAACGAGGCGAGGGAGGAGUUGCAAAGAAUGCUUGCAGAGGACGAGCUGAGAGAUGCCGUGCUGCUCGUUUUUGCAAACAAACAGGACCUUCCAAAUGCAAUGAAUGCUGCGGAGAUCACAGACAAGCUGGGGCUCCACGCUCUCCGCCAGCGCAGCUGGUACAUCCAAGCCACCUGUGCUACUAGUGGGGACGGCCUCUACGAGGGCCUCGACUGGCUCUCCAACCAGCUCAAGAACCAGAAAUGAUCCAUUCCACCAUUGUUUUCCCCUUCUUUCUGUCUGACAAGAUGGCAGCACCGGUUCCAAGCCCCUGGCCCCUCGGAACGCCUCCCUCCACAGUCUUUCUCCAAAAACCUCAUCCUCCAUCUCUUUUUCUGUAUCAAUCCUUACUCCUGGGGCUCUAGCCUGUGCUGCUUGUGUGUGUGUGUGUACUGUGUGUUUGCAGUCGAGGGUGUGAAGGCGUCUCUGUGUCUGUUAGCUGGGAUUGGGAGUAACCCUGUCGUGCCUUUAACACACCUCCGGUGGAAAUGGUGGUCUGGCUCCUCAAGUGCCAACCCACCACAUCUCACCCAAGCCAACUCUGUCUUGCACGACCCCCUCUCCCCCAUGCCAAGCAUGGUUUUUACAAGGCAAAGAAAGAGCAAGAGUGCAAACGGUUCUCCUCUCCCUCCUUGGUAGAUAUUUAACUUUAUUUGUCCCACCAGUGUUGAGACUGAAUAAUAGGCCUUGCAUUUUAACGUGUUUUGUUUUGAAACCUUACCUAGCCCCUACCUGUGAUAAAAAUAAACAUCGUGACCUGUAUCAGGUUGAAACAAAUCAAAAAGUUCUCCUUCCACUCUUGGUCGUUCUUUGCAUCAUUUGGAAAACCAUGCUUUUCUUUUUAUAUUAUUAUAUUACCAACAUCUCUUAGCAAUGGUUCUCUAGCGAACACUACCCUUUUCCCAGCAAGAGAGGGAGAGACCAUGAAGCACAAACCAACAACCAUAGGGAAAUAUUCUCCCUCUAAGGUUAAAAUUCGUUCUGAAUUUAAAAACGGUAAAUGUUACAUGACUUCCUUUUGGUCAUUUUUGAAUUGUGAAAACUUGACACAUUUUGACAAUGUAUUGACUGAAUUUAAAGCAAAUGUGUUCCUGCAUUUUCAAUUUGUCACCUAUUUAUUCAACUGAGCAUUUCAAUACAUGGUUGUUUUCAUAGGCUGCAUUGGGCUGGUCGACUGUUGACAUUCAGAAGCUUCAAACUUUAUUCCUUGAAAUGUUCCAUAUCCUUUGUCUCUAGUUCUAGCAUUUCUGUUUGUUCAACUGCUGAACCAAAUGCAAUUGAGCAGUAUGACAAAUCUUGUAUAUUAAACGUAGUGAACCCUCAAGGGUGUAAACGCUCUACAUUUUGUGUUCUACCUGGAAAUGUUCAAGAGAUUAUUAUUCUUAUUAGCUUCUCGCUAAUUUUGUCAAUGUGAUGAAGGAAAAGCACCAAAUAUGCUAGGGCUAGGCUAAUGAAGAAAAUAAGCCUAGCUCAAGGGUCUGAGUGCUAACAUUGGCUACAUUUAACAACUUUGUGCUUCAUACUUGAGUUAUUAAGACCAACAGGUACCAGUACCUCCAUUCCAAGGAGCUGUAAGAAUGACUACAGAGGGCAUGGGCCGGGGGGAUAACCGCCCUCUUAAAUUGUGUGACUGGAGGUUAGGCUGGCACUUCUGUUAAGAAUGAUUGUAAAUCUGUAAGUUUUCCCCUACAACUGUUUCUGUGGGGUUUUCCUGAACAUAUUAAAUGAUAUGAUUUGAUCUGAA